AUGAGUUCUUCAGUUUCUGUCAGUCGCCGGAAAUCGUCUCGAUUGGGAACCACGCGUGCGUCUUCCUCCGGCUCUCCGCAAUCCCCGACGCCGCCUGCUGCAGAAAAGCAGGAUGAGCAGGGACCAGUGGACACGCAGCUGCUGCAGGAGCAACAGCACCAGCAGCAGAAGCCAGACACAGUUGCUUCUGGCGAGGGCGUUUACUCUGUGUCGGAAGCACGGCCAGUGUCGGAAGAAGCCGCCCACUUCAGCUGGCCCACUGUGCUGGCUUGUCUGUUUGCGGCUGGAUUCGCCCUGGGACCGCCUCUGGACGGCAUUCACUCCGUCGUGGGCCUGCAGGUGUACGACGUGAAUGGGGGCCUCAUAAUAGGGGGCCCGGACGGCCUGUACACGAGCGUGUGGGUCUUCCCUCUGCUGGGCGCCAUGUACGCCGUUGUUGGCGCCCUGCAGCUGUUGAUAGACCAAUUAGCUUUCAAAUCGGGGUCUCAGCACCUGGAUAAUUCUCUUGCUCUGGGAGUGUCGCCCUCUGAUAGUUCUGCCUCGCCUCGGGAAGAGCUGCAACCAGGACCAGCAUCUUCCUCCUCCUCUUCCUCCUCCUCUUCCUCCUCCUCUUCCUCCUCCUCUUCCUCCUCCUCCUGGUUUUCCCUCGCCUCCUCCCCCCCCAGGGGCUCCUGGUUGCGCUUGCUCAGCUGCAUGGGUGUGCUGAUCAGCCUCCUCCACUUCAGCUCUCAGCUCUUCGAGGGUCAUUCCAUCCCCUCUACAGGCAUCUUCGCUAUCCUCGCUCUGUGCGCCCAUGCCAACUGGUUUGCCUUUGACCGCACCCUCCCUGGGUACCUCCUCGCCCUCUUUGUCGCCAUCGGUGCUCCCGCCUCAGAAGUGCUCAUUAUGAAGUACUUUGGCCUCUGGCACUACACUGAACCAGACAUGUUCAUUGCUGGAGAGGGCCUGGUCUCCUGGACUGCCUGGUGCUACUUCUUCUAUACCCAAUGGGUGGCAACUGUGGCUCGCACCUUUGCUGCCUCACUUACUCCCAAUAGCCCUGCGCUGGACGAGCUGAAAUGGUAG